GUGGCGGCGUGAUGGCGAACCUGCAGCCCUCCCUCCCCGUGCCGCCCUCCUUCGCGGGGGCCUCGCCGCCGUCCCCCUCGCCGAUCGGCGGCGCGCAGGAACCCAAUGACAGGAAGUUGGCGUCGGCGGAGCAGCUGGUGCUCGACCUCUGCGACCGCGACCUGCGCGAGAACGCCCUCCUCGAGCUGUCUAAGAAACGGGAGAUAUUUCAAGACCUGGCCCCUCUUCUGUGGCACUCCUUUGGCACAAUCGCUGCCCUGCUUCAGGAAAUUGUGUCAAUCUACCCUGCACUUUCACCCCCAACUUUGUCGCCAGGUGCAUCAAACCGAGUCUGCAACGCACUUGCACUUCUUCAGUGUGUUGCAUCGCACCCUGAUACCAGAAUCCCUUUCUUACACGCUCAUGUGCCACUGUUCUUGUACCCGUUCUUGAAUACAUUCAGCAAGACACGACCCUUUGAGUACUUGCGACUUACCAGCUUGGGUGUCAUCGGUGCUCUUGUUAAGGUUGAUGAUACUGAAGUUAUCGGUUUUCUGCUGCAAACUGAAAUAAUUCCUCUGUGCUUGCGUACCAUGGAGAUGGGCAGUGAGCUGUCAAAAACCGUCGCUACCUUCAUUGUCCAAAAGAUUCUGCUGGAUGAUAUUGGACUGCGUUACGUCUGUGCUACCGCUGAGCGUUUCUACGCUGUGGGCAGCGUUUUAGGAAACAUGGUAAUAUCACUUGCUGAUCAGCCUUCCACAAGGUUGCUCAAGCACAUUAUCCGAUGCUACCUCAGGCUGUCAGAUAAUCCCAGGGCCUGUGUUGCACUGCACAAUUGCCUCCCAGACAUGCUGAAAGACGGGACAUUCAAUAUCUCUCUUAGGGAUGACCCCGCGACAAGGCGCUGGCUCCAACAACUGCUGCAUAAUGUGACAGUGGGUGGCAUGGGAGGACCUGGCAUGGGAGGUCCUCCCCAGCCAGGCCUGGAUCACAUGAUGGGGAUAUAAUCCAGUUUAGGUGCUGUAGUGUACAACAAUAAUACAUUCUCUUGUGAAUUGCAAGCAGGGGAAGAUAUCUUCCCUCGGAUGUCUAGAAGAAGGUUGUAUCGUGUAGUCUCAACCUUCCAAGAAAAGGAAAUGUUGUGUUGUGCUGUGUCGUAGCAUCUUUAGCAGUUAAGCUGGUUUGCUUAUCGUGUAAUACUGUGAACACAUGCAAAGCAAGUUGCUACUUUCAUCUGGUCUUGCACCAGGACUGAUGUUGGCCUGUUGCUAUCGAAGUUCAUCGUCUAAACUGAAA